AUGGGAUCAGCUUAUCAUAUUUUGGGUAGAACUUUCCAACCACACCAGCUAGCACUUGGAACGAUUGCUGCAGUAGCUGCGUUCGCGAUUCCAAACCCAUUCGCUAGCUCCGCCGCAAAGGAAGUUGAAAUUAAAGCUGGAUCCAAGGAGGAAGAGAAAUUCAUCACCGAGUAUCUCCAAAAGCACGCUGAAAAACAUUAA